ACGAUUAGUCUAAAAAUGUUUUCUUUCAUUCAGUCAGGUCAAUUCAGUGAAGAUAUGAUACCUACAGUGGGCUUCAACAUGAGGAAAGUAACUAAAGGUAACGUGACAAUAAAGAUUUGGGACAUAGGAGGACAACCCCGCUUCCGGAGCAUGUGGGAACGGUACUGCAGAGGGGUCAACGCUAUUGUUUACAUGAUAGAUGCUGCAGAUCGUGAAAAGAUAGAAGCCUCUCGAAAUGAACUACAUAAUCUUCUAGAUAAGCCACAGUUACAAGGAAUUCCAGUGCUAGUACUCGGAAACAAGAGAGAUCUUCCUAAUGCCUUGGAUGAGAAACAGCUAAUUGAAAAAAUGAAUCUGUCUGCUAUUCAGGAUAGAGAAAUUUGCUGCUAUUCAAUUUCUUGCAAAGAAAAGGAUAAUAUAGAUAUCACACUUCAGUGGCUUAUUCAACAUUCAAAAUCUAGAAGAAGCUGAAGCAUCUCCUGAAGUCUUCCAGUCCUUCCUGGCUAUAAUCCUAGAAUUAUUGUCCGUUCCUCUGAAGUACUUCCCAGAAUAUGGUCCUUCCUAAACCCAAGAAAUUGCCUUUUUCAGAGUUUAUUUCUCAUGUGCGCUGCUGAAGAUGUGUAUCCUUAAUCCUUCAUAAAGAAUCAGCUAGAGUUGUCAUGAUAAGGUCAGCACACAAAAAGGCUUCUAAUACAUACUUGUCUUAAACAGUGUGUAGAGCUUUUUUAAAAAAAACACACUUUUGACCAUCUUAAAUCAAGAAAAAUUGCAUAUUUCUGUUCUGGUCUUUCUGGGCCAGGUUUUUAUAUUGGUUUUCAGUAAAUGUCUGUCUAUGAUAUUUCAUUAUAGAGUCCAGUAGCUUAAUACUGAUACUGACUUGAUACAGCAUGAAGUUUCUAGUGCCACACACAGUAUUUAGAAAACCUUUAGCCUGACUCAUGUGGGAUAGAAACAAAAUGUUAACAUAUCUCACAAAUGCAUGUGAAAUGUAUAAUUACACCUUAGGAAUUUAAAAAAUGGUCUGCAAAGAGUGAAUAGAGGCACCAGAUCAAUGUUGUUAUUGGUUCUUUACACUGGCAAGAUCUUGGGCGAUGAAUUUUAAACACAUUCUGCUUUCUGAGAGUUCUUCUCCAGAUAGCAGUUGGGGGUACGGGAGGAACUGAGGCAUGCUGUUUUGUAUCUGUCCAGAUCAUUACUUCUAUAUUUUUUCUUUUCUUUUUCCCGGUUCAACACACUUUUUUAAGGGGUUGGGAAUUGAAGAUUUUCUCAAGAGCUUUCCUGAAUUUAGAGCAUUCCAGCCAAUAUAAUAAAACGUGUUAAGAAUGUCAGACUGUUCAAACACCUGUUUGUUCUUUCUCUCUCCAGUCAUUAAACCAGUGCUGCUGCAUGACACUCUAACUCUUGACUUUUUAUAUUCAGUCCUAAAGUUGACUUUCAGCACAAUAGAUACUUAUAAACAAAUAGAAAUUCUUAUUUUUCUCUCUUAUCGAUGUAAGGUUUGGCACUCUUUUGUCUGGUGCCAUUAGACAUCUUGUUUAUUGUGACAGCUCUAGACCUGCCUGCUUUAUCUGAUGUAAUCACGCACAACGGCUGCAGGUGGUUGAGUAACCACACAGAGGUGAGGAACUGAUGCUGUCUGUUGUUGGCUUCUGUGAUACAGAGACGUAUCAAAACUGACCUGAGCGUGUUUUGUAGUUUAGUGAUCUCCAUGCACAUAAAGGGACAUAUUAAAACCGGAGCACUUGUAAGCUGUUAUGUAGCCCACUGUAGUAGCUAAAACUCUGUGGUACACUCGCUUACGUGUUGCCUCACACUGUGUGUGAUUUUGUUUCUUUUGUUAAGCAGCACUCAUGUAGACAGUGCAUUUCCAAACGUGCUGAGCGCUCAAAGUGCAGUCAACAGUAGGUUCUUUUAAUGACAUCAGUUUUAACUUGUAGACUGCCACGGCCUUAAUGAUAUUCUGUACAAAAUACUGCACCGUGUUGCACAGACACUGCUUGCUUUUCUCCAUUCACAUUUUUAAGAGUAGAAUCUUGGCUUUUAAAAUUCUGUUCUUACUCUU